AUGACACGGAGGACAAAACAGGACUACGUAGCUGUCUUACGUGCGGUGAAGGAACGGCUUGGUGAUCCAAUUGUUGAGUGGUUCAUGCUAGAUUUUGAAGCUGCCGCAUGGCAAGCAGUCCGGGAAGUAUUUCCCAACACCGUUGUGAAGGGCUGCAGCUUCCAUUGGUCUCAGCGGGUAUACCGGAAGGUGUCACGUCUGGGACUGGCACCAGCCUAUACUCAGAAAGGAGGAGUAUAUCACUUUGUCAGGAAGCUGCUGGCUCUUCCCUACCUACCCGCCGAGCAUGUGAGGCCUGCCUUCCUUACACUAAGGGAGCAGGCUGUGGAGUCGGAGAGUGAGCGUAUAUUGGACCUGGUAGACUACAUCGGCCUGCACAGGAAGAAAUACAGGUCAACUCACGAGAAACUACAUCAAGCCUGGGAGAAGUAUGAAGAGGACAACAUGACGACGAACCAACUCCUAAGGACAGCCAGCCACAUCAUCGGACUAGGACCCAUAGCAACAUCAGCGGAGAAUUACAGCGAGGACGAAUAA